AUGGCUGCUGAAUUCCUAGAGGAAACAGUAGGGCUAGCAGUACAGCAACAAGGAGCAGACUCAUGGGUUUGGAAGCAAGACUCGAGUGAAAUCUAUUCGACCAGAACUGCAUAUAAGUUUCUGCUGGGGGAAAUAAGGGGGGAAUCAGAGGAUGGGAGUUUCUCGCUUCUGUGGAAACUUAAAAUACCACCUAAGGCAAAGGUAUUUACAUGGAGGCUCAUCAAAGACCGUUUACCAACGAAGAUGAAUUUAAGAGGAAGACAAGUGGAGAUAGUUGAUCCAUUGUGCCUGUUCUGUAACAAUUUGGAUGAAGAUGCAGCGCACCUUUUCUUCAACUGCAGCAAGGUACUUCCCUUGUGGUGGCAGACACUCUCAUGGGUCAAAUCAGUGGGUGCUUUCCCAAAAGAACUGAAAGACCACUUCAUGCAUCACAGAUCGAAGGCUACACGAACAAAAGAUAUGAGAUGGAGUUGUUGGUGGAUAGCCCUCAGAAGGACCAUAUGGCAUCAUAGAAACAAGCUAGUUUUUGAUAACCAAGCUUUUAACGCAAGUAAGCUGAUGGACGAUGCGCUCUUUUUACUCUGGUCCUGGCUCAAAGUUAUGGAAAAAGACUUCGAUACUCAUUUCAACCAGUGGUCUUCCAAUUUGUCAGAUGUAUUUGUAUAA